AUGGUCUACUCCCUGUACGACGCCUCCAUCGGCCAGGCCAAGAACGUCCUCGACGCCUUCCUCUCCGUCUUGGCCAAGGUCGAGGCCUCGCCCGCCGCCGCCACCAUCGCCACGGCCAGGAUCCACGAGAGCAUGCUGCCCUUCAGCUUCCAGGUGCACUUCGCCUCCGUCGUCGCCCACAAGCUGUCCGCCCGCCUGCAGGGUCAAUCCCCCCGCGACCUCGCGUACAAGGACCUCGACACGGUCGAGCAGAUGCGCGCCCGCAUCCUCGAGGUCAAGGCCGAGGUCGACGCCGUCAGCCGCGACGUGGUCAACACCCGCGAGACGGAGAUUGUCUCGCUGGGCCUGGGACCCAACGUCCCCGAGGCGCAGGUCGAGGGCUGGCAGUACGUGCAAGGGUACGCCGUCCCCAACCUGUUCUUCCACCUGACGACCGCCUACGACAUUGCGCGCAAGGAGGGUGUCGAGAUUGGCAAGAGUGACUUCCUUGGUUCGUUCCUCGACAAGUAUGUUGGCAAGUAG